AUGAUCAACGCUGUUCUGGUCUUCAACAAUAACGGCCAACCGAGACUGACAAAGUUCUACUCACAACUCGACACGGCGACGCAGCAGUCUCUUCUCUCCCAGAUAUUCAACCUUGUAUCAGCUCGCCCAGCCUCCGCCUGUAACUUCCUGCCGCUUCCUCCCUUGUUGGCUCCCAGUGGCGCGGGCACCAACACUUCACCUGACGCACCUACACAAAUCACCUAUCGCCAUUACGCUACCCUCUACUUCAUCUUGAUCUCGACUUCCACCGAGUCUCCUCUGGCAUUGCUCGACUUCAUUCAGGUGUUUGUCGAAGCCCUGGACAGGCUGUUUGAGAAUGUUUGCGAGCUCGAUCUAAUUUUCGGGUUCGAGACGUUGCACGCCGUUCUCAGCGAAAUGGUCGUCGGCGGUGUGGUCGUCGAGACUAACCUAGAGAAGAUUGUGGAAGGUGUCAGAACCACCGAGGGAGUCAAGGGGAAGAGGAAGGCCGUCAAUGCUCGUGACUCUACCAGCUCCAUAGGGAGGGGCACCGGAUUUGCCGGUCUUGGUUGGGCUACUGGUGGAGGAAGCAGCUGGAGAUGA